GAGAUUGUGGUGAAUUUUAUCCUAACAGCACUUGCUGUUGUGUCGUUGAUUGUAUCAGUCGCCUUCUUGUUGGAACGAAGCGACUGGAGUCGUUACGAAAGCUAUCGUCUUGUGAUGGGCAUUGCGGUGAGUUUCUACCUUACAGUUAGUAUGGAACUUAAGAAAUUUGCUCACAACCAGUUGAUCGGCUAA